AUGAAAGUGACAAUAACAAGGUCAAGGCUCCUCAAGCCAUCCUACGAUGCAAACCCUCCUCUUACAUCAACCCACAUUCCCUUAUCCGUCUUUGACAAGGUCACCUACGACCAACACGUGGCCGUUAUUUACGCCUAUCGUCCCCCAACCCCACCCAACUCUAUUAUCGAGCUAGGGCUCAGAAAGGUAUUAGCCGUGUACCGCGAGUGGGCCGGCAGGCUCGGAAAGGACACCAACGGCGAACCCGUUAUAUUUCUCAAUGACGAGGGUGUUAGGUUCGUGGAAGCGUCGGUCGACCAUGAUCUAGACGAAACGGUGACUUUCGGGCCCUCGGCAUCCCUCCUGAGCCUCCACCCCACCCUGGAGGGUGUGGUAGAGCUUCUCCAGGCCCAAGUCACGCGGUUCUCAUGUGGGUCCAUGGUAGUGGGCUUCACAACCCACCAUCUGGUAGCUGACGGGCAUGCGACCAGCAACUUCCUGGUCGCAUGGGGUCGUGCAUGCCGCGGGCUUGGGAAGUUGCAGGAGUCGCUUCACGGCCGCACGAUGUUCGUCCCUCGAAAUCCUCCCAAGAUCGAUUUCGUGCACAUCGGGGUGGAAUACGUAACUAAAAACUUCAAGAAGGCGUACCCCUUUAUCGAUAAUAGUUUAGAUGAUAUUGUGGUCCACAAAGUACACUAUAGUGCAGAGUUUCUUUCUAAGCUCAAGGCUAGGGCUUCCUCAAUGAACAAGACUAGUUGCAAGCCCUUUAGCACGUUUGAGAGCCUCAUGGCCCAUCUUUGGAGAUCCAUAACCAAGGCGCGAGGCUUGAGCGGGUUUGAGACCACCCAAGUUAGGGUUUCCGUUGACGGUCGUACGCGGAUGAACCCUAUGGUGCCAGAUGACUAUUUCGGUAAUUUGGUCUUGUGGGCUUUCGCGAGAGCCAAGGUUGAGGAUCUCUUGAAGGAGCCACUUUCGUAUGCGGCUACGGUUUUGCACGAGGCAGUUGUAGAGGUGGACGACAAGUAUUUCAAGUCCUUUAUCGACUUUGCGAACCACAAGGUUAGACAAGAGGACCUCAUCCCAAAUGCAGUUUCUGAUACAGAUGAGUCAAUAUUGUGGCCAAAUUUGGAGGUGGAUAGCUGGCUGAGGUUUCCAUUUUAUGACCUUGAUUUCGGGUGCGGGGGCCCCUUCAUUUUCAUGCCUUCAUUUUCUCCGAUAGAGGGGAUGAUCUUUCUUCUCCCCUCCAUCAACGGAGAUGGAAGUAUAGACGUCUUCCUUCCUCUAUUUAGAGAAAAUUUGACGACUUUCAGACAAAUUUGCUAUUCUCUAGAAUAG